AUGAACUCCUCGGACGAAACACCACUUCCUCUAUUUGAGAGGUUUAGAGACGCGCAUAUUACCAAUCUUAUUGGACUCAUGGACGAUGUGAUGACCAGCAUGGGAGACCUGGACCGUUCGCUCGAGACUGCAGUGGCCAUCAGUAAAGAAUUCACGUAUUUACAAAGUAUCUGGGGAGCGUUCUACGAUCCAACAAAAAUGGAACAAGAAAUUGAGAAGGCUGAGGAACAGCAACAGCCAGCACAAUCUGACCAACCAGACACGAGCACAACAAGCUUUCAAUUCGAAGGGAGAAUGAGUGAUAUCAAAAGUUAG